UAUUUCGUGACGCUUGGUCGUGUGGUUCUCGAUGUGUCUAGCGCGUUGGAUACGUUCUCUGAAAAUUGAUUCUCUAAUACUGAUUUUUAUCUCUUCUUGAUUUGAUUCAGUAUCCUGUAUAAUGAUAGACUAUGUAUCAAUGAACAGAGUGAUGUAGCAAGUUGAAGUGGUUUAAUUUUAUUGAUGGGUGAUGGCUUGUUUACUCGGCGAUGUACAAGAAGCAGCUCAGAUUGAAUGCAGCUCUAUUACUCUUUCGAUUCCUGCAUUUGAAUUAGGAUUUGGAGUGAUAUGAACGCGCCAAGAAAGAAGGGAUUAACAGUGAUAGUUUGUAAGUGAGACGGGUUUUUGUGUUUCGUUGUGAAAGCAAAAAGUUCAUAGAAUCAUAAUGUGAUAUAUUUGAAAUGGGAAAUUACGCAGAUGAUUGAUAGUUUCGUGAAUAUGGUUUGAAGACUGUUGUUGGAAUCGGAUACUUGCGCUAUUUGAACACCAUAUAUUAGGAACGGAGUUGAAACCGUUGUACGCAUUGAUUCAUGAAGAAGAUGCGAGUGUUUUUGCUGCUUAGUGCUUAUUUUUCUGGCAUAUUACGUAAGGAUAUUGACGCAUUCGGAACACCGAACCACGCAACAAAAAGUAGCAAUAUACAUAUUGUUCAAUAUCUGAAACAGCUGCCAUCAAACGUUAUCUUUAGUAAUGAUACUGGAAACUCUCAAUUGGUAUGUAAUGUUUAUGGCUCAUCACAAGCACAUAUAACAUGGAUUUCGGAGGACGGCAGCGUGGUGACCAACGUUCAAGGAUUGAGGCAAAUUCUACCCAAUGGCACAUUGUAUUUUCCACCGUUUGCCAGUCAUUUAUUCAGAACUGAUGUGCAUGACACAACCUAUAGAUGCAGAAUUUCUUAUCUUCAUUAUAAAUUGUUAAGUAGGAACGUUAAAGUGCGAGCAGUUUUACGUGAAACAUAUGAUGUGUAUGUAGAAAAGGUCGAUGUUAUUCUUGGAAAUACCGCUUUUUUGCGUUGCCAUAUUACUCCCUAUGUACACGAAUUUGCUAAGGUGUCAGCAUGGUACCGUGAUAAAGAGUUGUUCAUCCCAGAACAAUCGGAAUAUGGCACACGUUUCACGGUUGCAACUCCGAGUGGUGAUUUGUAUAUACGAAGUGUUACCGUUGAAGAUAAACAAAAGCCGUUUUCUUGUGUAAUGACUGAUACGUUAACCGGAAAAAGUAGGAUGAGUCCAUCUGUGAUCUUAACGAUAAAGGAAUUUUUAUCGGAUUUAGCGCCAAUUACCACUCAGAAACCUCUCACGGAAAUAACGGUUGACAAAGGCAACGACGUCCAUCUUCCGUGUAAUGUUCAAGGCAAUCCUCCGCCAAAAUUCAAUUGGUUUCGCUUGUCCAGCUCAGGAUCGAUUUAUGCCGUUCCAUCAUCCAAACGCAUUUUCUCAUCACAGUCAUUAUUGUUUAUUCGAGAAAGCGAUGAAAGGGACACCGGUAGAUGGAUAUGCAAGGCAGUGAAUCAGUUCGGUGAGCAGGAACUUCAUAUUCAUUUGACAAUCAACUCGGAGCUAGUGGUGCAAAUCCAACCACAAAUACAAAUUGUUAAUACUGGAACUCCUGCCAAAUUCAACUGCAUGAUAGUUGGCUCAAAAAUAGGGAAAAUCGAGUGGAUUCACAACGGACUUGUUGUGGAUGACAACGACGCAAAAAGUGGAAGAAUAACAUUCAUAACACCGACUAUUUUAUCAAUAAACAAUGCCAACAAGAACGAUCGUGGUGUUUAUCAAUGUAUUGUAUCCAAUACAAUAGGUAGCGAACAGGCCAGUGCAGAGUUGGAAAUCGGAGAAACCCCACCAGAAAUCAUCUACAGUUUUGCAGAGCAGAACGUGCGUCCAGUUGCGUUUGUAUCUCUCAAAUGCACAGCAUCCGGCUCACCACAACCACAAUUUUCCUGGAUGCUAGAUUACCAACCAAUUUUAUCUUCAAUUCAUCAAUAUACGUUCGAUCAAUUCAUGACUAACGACGGUUACAUAACAACCCAUUUGAAUAUAACUCAUGUUAAUGCGGACGACGGGGGACUAUACACGUGUAUAGCAUCCAACACCAUCGGUGCGGCUAGACAUAAGGCACGUCUGAAUGUUUAUGGACCACCAUACAUUAGAGCGAUUGGAUCAAUCAAGGCAAUAACAGGCGAGGCGAAAGAAAUUUACUGUCCAUAUUCAGGAUAUCCGAUCCAGAGCAUACGAUGGAUACGCAACGGGCAUAACAUUACUUCAAACGCAAAGUAUACCGUCGGUGAUGUGAGCAGCGGAGGUAUGUUGAAAAUACACCGUGUUGAUGGUGUUCAAGACGAAGGCGCAUAUACUUGUAUAGCUACCAAUCCUAGUGGCGACGAAGCACGCAGAGAAAUGCAACUUGUGAUCCAUAGUCCCCCGGCAAUCGAACCGUUUUCAUUCCCAAAGAACAUAAACGUCGGCGGUAGGGCUCAAUUGACAUGUGCUGUAUCGUCGGGAGACAUGCCAAUACAUUUCAGUUGGAAAAAGGACGGAUCGAACAUCCCACUGAGUUUGCAAAUUUCUGAGAAAAAGGAAGAAUUCUUUACGUUGCUCGUUCUGAAAGAUAUUUCUGCAAAACAUAGUGGUAAAUACACAUGUUUUGCGGUAAAUUCUGCUGCCCAGGCUAACUACUCGGCAGAGCUGCUUGUUCAAGUACCACCCUUCUGGAAGCUGGAACCAACCGAUUUAUCUGUUAUAUUCGGAAACGCAAUUGCAAUGGCUUGUGAAGCUGAUGGUUUUCCUGAACCGAAAAUUAGAUGGCUUCGUGGUCAGAGGAAAACGCCCAACGAAUUUCAUCCAAUACCUUCGAAAAAUAACACUCUCAGUGUGAACUACGCUACAUCUUCAGAUGCAGGAUAUUACAUGUGUGAGGCGUUCAAUGGUGUGGGAAGCAAUCUAACAAAGGUCGUAUAUAUACACGUCAACGUAGCAGUUCAUUUUGAUAGUCCGAUGAAGAAUAUGUCAACGAAACGGGGUAAUGAUAUUACAAUGGAAUGCAUGGCACUAGGUGAUGAUCCGAUCGAUGUUUUUUGGAUGCACAAGAAUUCGCGAAUAGAUUUAAACAAUUAUAGGUACAGCAUAGUUGAACUGAAAACAGAGACUGGUGUACGAUCUCAACUAACUAUAAGGCACACAGAAAGAUUUGACUCGGGCAAAUAUACAUGCUCAGCUGAAAAUUUGUAUGGAACAAGCGAGUUCAGUAUCUACCUAGCUGUACAGGAAAGACCGGAUCCUCCUACAGAUUUAGAAGUAAUAGAAGUGAAAAGUAGAAGGGUAAAACUAUCUUGGAAGCGUCCAUAUGAUGGAAUGUCUCCAGAACUAAGCUACCUUGUACAAUACCAACCGCUCAACAUGAAAAAGGAAUAUGCCGAUUUUAAGCUAGAAACGUCGUGGGAAAGUUCAUCCAUUAUGAAUUUAACACUAUUGAACGUAAACGGGAUGAAGUACAUAGAAGGUGUUACAAAAGAUGAAGCGUUCGUCAAUAACUUACAUCCAGCAACACAGUAUUUGAUACGGAUGCAAGCCAUCAAUGAAAUUGAAAGCUCCGCCUUUACCGAUUCAAUUAUGGCAAUGACUAAGGAAGAAGCACCUACAGAACCUCCUGCGAAAUUGGAAGUUAAAACUGGUGGCCAGGGUGAGCUGAUUGUAACAUGGGAUAUUCCUGCCAAACACUCGUGGAAUGGAGAUCUUCUUGGGUAUACAAUUAGUUGCGUAGAAGAAAAACAGAACAUAAUUAACAUAAACACGAAUGACACAGCCAUCCUAUCGUUUACGUUCGUUGGCUGGGCCACGUCGAAAAUUUUAAUUCCUAACUUGAAAAAAUUUACAAAAUACGCGGUAAAAAUACGCACAUACAACACGAUUGCUGCUAGUCCUUGGAGCGCAAUCACCUAUGCGACUACUUUAGAAGAUGUCCCUGAAGCACCACCUCAAAAUGUCUCCUGCAAAAGUUUAUCAUCACAAAGUAUAAAAGUGGAAUGGCAAGAACCACCGUCGGAUCGGCACAACGGGAUGCUGCAGGGAUAUAAAAUAUUAUUCAGGCCGCUGACUAAAAACAAUGAAUUUAUACUACCAUAUGAAGUUAAAAGAACAUCUAACAUGGAAACAUAUUUACACGCUCUCUUGAAAGCAACGAAUUAUUCGAUACAGGUUCUUAGUUUCACCCUUUCAGGAGACGGUGCUGAGAGUUUUCCAAUUUACUGUACUACAGAAGAAGAUGUUCCUAAUCCACCUGCUAGGAUAAAGGCUUUAACCCUCACAGCGGAUUCUAUUUUGUUAGCCUGGCUGCAGCCAGAUCAUGCCAAUGGAAUAAUAACGCAUUAUACAAUCUUUAGUAAAGAGCAUGGACGGAUGAGUCAAGCCAAAAGUUAUAAAGUUCGGAUAGAUAACAAUAAACCUUUACUUUAUGAAAUUCGUGGACUGAUGGAAAAUGUAAAAUAUGAUUUCUGGAUGACUGCAUCUACAUCCAAAGGCGAUGGAGACCCAACGAAUAUAGUUUCACAAUUCACGAGUACUCGAGCACCGGCGAAAAUUGCAUCAUUCUCCAACACGAUAAAGGUAUCAGUAGGUGCGAGCAUAUCUUUAGAAUGCUUUGCUGUAGGCAAUCCAACACCUAGAACUCGAUGGAUACGAAAUGACCAACCCGUUACGUUUAGUCCAUAUUAUUCCGUCUCCCAAGGAUAUUUGAGAAUCCAUCGUAUUGAAUCAAUCUUAUCAGGAAAUUAUUCUUGUUCGGCUAAAAAUCUGUUCGGUGAAGACGACAUACUGUAUACGCUUAUUGCCAUACAGGCACCGAACAUUUCGUUAUUCUCAGUUCAAUAUGCGUCACACGAUAGCAUUAGGGUUAUAUGGGAAACUUCGAACGACGGUGGAGCGCCACUUCAAGGAUACUACCUAUUCUACAGACCAGCCGUCGGUACUUGGUCAAGCGUGUCUAUUCCUUAUGAUCAAAACACGUAUACUUUAUACGGACUGAAAUGUGGCACAAAGUAUAUUUUGAAAAUGAACGCACAUAACAAAGUGGGGAAUGGCGAUUCAACAGAUGAAUUAGUAUUAUGGACAAAAGGAAAAGCUCCACAAAUACCAGAACAUCGUGAUUUCAUUUCUACCAAUUCAUCUUGUCUAAAUUUACAUUUAAACGCAUGGCACAACGGUGGCUGCCCUAUAUCGCAUUUUUCGAUAGACUAUCGCCGAUUACAUACGCCGUUUUGGACAACAGUUGCAUCGAACAUCUAUACAAUGUUCAAUGAAAAUAUGUCAUUUUGUGAAUUUGUGCAAGCGACUUGGUAUGAGUUGAAGAUACAAUCGAGAAACGAUGCUGGUGAAACAACAGCGCUAUACAAAUUUGCAACCACCACGAUUUCCGGCGAGGAAAUUUCACAACCCAACUAUAUACCUAUUGAGACUGAAAACGAAUUUGAGUUGGUGGAAGCUGGAGAAGAUUCACAGUUUGUACAUUUCGGCGUAGUUGUUGUGGCUCUAGCAGCUAUGGUAUUAUUUCUCAUUAUAUUUGUCCGAUACAAGAAGGUAUGUUGCUUUGAAGAUUGCUUCGCACAAAACAGUGAGGACAUUCUCAAAAGCCAUAACUCAAAAGUGGAUCGCGUAUGUGAAGAAAAUCAACAGGUCUACAGCGCGUCGCCAUUGAAAUUUGUCGACAAGGACGACAGCUCGGAGAUGUAUGAAAUAUCGCCAUAUGCUACCUUCAAUGAUUGUGCAAAACGUACAAACAAACCGCCGAUUCGUAGUAGAACUUCUUCAUCGCUAGAUUUUGCACUUCUGGACAUCUGGAAAACGACCUAGCCACAACAGGCCACCCAACACGCGAAUACACUUGACUGGAAAACGGCUGACGUAAACACACGUAUAGUACAGAUGAGUAUUUACGAACGUUCCCAGCGAUCCAAUGCAAUAAAAAUGUUGAGAGCGACGGGAGAGGAGAUCCAAAAAAUGGAAUAAACAACCACCGUAUCUGUAAUUAUGUCAGAAAGUGGUGAUAAUAGUCGAAAAAAAACAAAUUGCGCAAUAAACCUGCAUUGAGCAUUCCUAUCUAAAAAAAUGCGUGGGCAUGAAAAGUAAAAUAUUGUUAUUUUAAUCCUUUUUUCAGAUAUAUCAACUUCAUUGACCAUAAACUGUUUUAAUCAAAUAAGAAAUAAAUACAAUAGUUGAAGCAAUACUUCACAGACUAUGUGCCAGAAAGUAA